UUGGUUCUGAUCAGUCUGCGUUCGGCCGUCGUUCAUACGCAGCUCUCCCGUCCACGUAGACGAUCCUGCUCGUACGCUCCCCCGAUCCGGGUCCGAGCCGCGGAAAAACUCCGUUUGACUCCGCCGAGUCGAAAACCGUUCGCGAAUUUUUUUGAAAAAAAUUUUUUUUGCUAACACUCUCGUCGUAUACAAUUUUAAUAUACAUGUAGUUUUCGAAAAAAAUUUCGUCUACCUCCGAACCCGCCCGCGCGGCCAAAAGCGAUCGCGCGAUCUCGCGAAGUCCGGCGGGUCACUAUGAUCGGUCCGUCGCCGUCGCCGACGCUGUCUCUCGACCGGCCGGCGAAACGGUGCGCACCGAUCGUCCGAACCAAACGGUAAACCGGCAACGACGAUAAUAUUAUUAUUGUAACACUGCCGCGGAAAUCACCGUCGCGAUCCGCACCUGACAAUCGUAUUAUAUCAUAUUAUUACUCGUACGAUAUAUAUAGUAUUUUUUUUUUUUAUUAUUUAUAAUUCGUUCGUUCGAUCCGUGUAUUUAUCGCGUGUUAAACGUUCGUCUAAGAAUUUUUUCCGCGUCCGUUUUCCUAUAUAAUAUAUAGAGAUCGUCGGAAAUAUUAAUAAUAAUAUUAUAAUCGCGUAUCCGCGGUACACCCGGCAAGAACGCGAUAAUAAUAUCGAGUAUCGUAUUAUUAUACCACUGUGUACCGGCAACCUUAUACCGCACACCGGAGGCGAACCGCAGUGAUCGCCGACCGCGAAGAGUUCGCACGCACGAGGAAAAGUCGGUAGGAGCCCACCGCCGCUGGCACGGACGGAGGGAAAACCGGCCAAAGGUCGACGGCAGGUCUAUCCGUGCAGACAUGGUGUGUGGCCGACGACGACGACGCCGCCGCUACGCACCUGAAUCCUCACCUGCUGCAUGAGUCGCGUUCAACCACUUACGUUAACAAAAAUAAUCCAGAGUGCUUUCGUUCUAUUAAUGGUGGUGUUGUGCGACAUUUGGAGGUGCGGCCCUGGCUAUGGAUUUGGGGUCCGACUGUACAACGAUUGCAGUAGUCGAAAUGUCAGGGUUGACUACCGGGGACGAGUUCUCGCCGACGACGAGACUUCGAACCCAUUUCAAAACCUAACCGUCAAAUCCUUGGACUUCAGUAUUCGACUGUCGAUAUUCGCUGAGGAGUCGCAUCGGUAUUUGUGUUUCAACAACAAAUGGUCCCUUGUUGGUUCGAAACAUUUCCGCGGCCCCAAGUGUCUGUUCUACGAGGAGAUGCUGUCCACUGGGUACACACGGUACAAGUCGGUGGUCGAUAAGUCGCGGUACAUAGGUUUCAACCGGCGGGGCCGUCCAAUGAGGCGGCACGUGUUCCACACGGACCCGCUGAACCGAUGCCUGAACUUCCUCAAGCUGGACACCAAGUUUGACAUCGGUGACCAUAAUCGCAAGGUGGCCGCUUCGUCGGGCAAGACCAUUGUCAUCGGCGGCAGUGGCGGCAGCGGAGGAAAGCGCAACGGCUCGUCAAAGAGACCGAUCGCGUCGGCCGGCGGCGGUUACAACAGAAAAUCGCUAACGACCUCCACGACGACGACCACCACCACCACCACGACAACCACCACCACCACCACCACAACGACCACUACACCACCACCACCACCACCUCCACCAUCACCGUCAACACAUCCUUCUUCUAAACCACCAGUCAAGCACAGUCGAAUUCGGUUCAGACACAACCGGCGCAACAGACACCGUCCCGAAGCCCUUCAAUCGUUAGAUCAAGACUAGAAUAGUAUUACAUUAUUUUACUACUAUUAUUAUUAUUAUUAUUAUUAUUAUGAUUUUUACUAUUAUUAUUAUUAUUAUUUAUCAUCAUCAUCAUCAUCGCUAUACUAUUCUCAAAACCAGACUAGUAAAAAACUAAACAGUUAUUAUUACUAUUAUUAUUAAUAUCAUAUGACUCCGUGAGGAAAAUAUAGUAUACAAUGCCUAUAUUUAUUUUAAAUUUAAAACGGAACGAAUUCCCAGAUGAAUACACAGGUCGUAGGUUUUUUUUUAUCUAUGAACACUCGACGAUAUCGCUGCGAUUUAAAGGUAGUGAAUACAAUAUUAUAAUAGGUUAACGAUCGCUUUGUGGGAUUUUCAAGUACACUAAAAACCCUUUGGGACUUUUUUUCUUUGAAUAUUUUUUACCAUUGUUUACUUGUUGCGUAUAAUAUAAUUAUUGCAACGAUUAAACGUUUCUUUAUUGUUUGAUUUUUAAACGUAUAGCGUCCAACUGCGUUGAUGCAGUCGACAGCACCACGUGCUUGUUAUAAUGAUAAUAUUUAAUACGCGUGAUGCAUUCAUUACCCGGAGAGAGGUAAACACAAUCGGUGCACACGCGUAGCGACUGCGGAUUUUCCCGUUGCGUUUUCCGAAGACUGUGUAUUAUUUAUAUAGCCCUAUUAUAGCUACCAUUACCGUACUGUAUAGUGUCUGUUAUAUUACAAGACGAUUUAGUUGGCCAAACGGUCCAGUGUUUGUGGGGCCGAUGUACAAUAGUUUUAUAUUCGUACGAAAUCGGAUCACCCACAUGAUAUUAUUAUAGGUACCGUUGCUCCGGGAGCACGUCUGACAUUCCGUUGGGCAUGUUACCGACUCGCAUUGUUUUUUUAUAAUUAUAAUUAUUAUUAUUAUAGGAAUUAAUAUUUAUUACCACCCGAAGUAUGUGUUAUACUAUUAUUUCUACACCUCCCCUUCACGCGACGAUUGGCUCUUCGCGGUACGUGACAGUAAUGAUGGCGAAUAUCGCUGCUCGCGUGUUAUUAUACCAUUUUAUAACUAAGCGGGUAACGUCCAUGUACCAUUUUGUAGCCAUCGGAGCAUAUUAAAAAGUCCAACGAUAUUAUUUGAAUUUCAACGGAGAACAUGUUCAGUAAUAUUGUUUAGUAUCAUAAUUCUAGUCAAUAUUUUCUUUUCAUAAUAAGCACUUUUAAUCCACCAACAUCACAGUAUAAAAUUAAAUCGUAUAAUGACACAACAUUGUGCAGAAUUUCAAAUACGUAGUGACGAUCGCCGGAUCGUGAUACUAAAAUAUUGAACUAGUGUUAUGAAAUAUAAUAGAUUAUAUUGUUUAGCGUA